AUGGCGGUGUGCUCUCCGCCGUGUUACCUCCGAGACUGGGAGAUGCAGGUGCAUUUCAAAAUCCACGGGCAAGGCAAGAAAAACCUGAACGGAGACGGCUUUGCCAUCUGGUACACCAAAGAUCGGAUGCAGCCAGGACCUGUCUUUGGAAGCAAGGAUAACUUCCUGGGCUUGGGAGUGUUUGUGGACACCUACCCGAACGAGGAGAAGCAGCAGGAGGCUCAGAAGAGGAGGUACAGCCCGGGAAAUCAGCGCGUCUUCCCCUACAUCUCGGCCAUGGUGAACAACGGUUCUCUCACCUAUGACCACGACCGGGACGGGAGACCGACGGAGCUCGGGGGCUGCACGGCCAUGGUGCGCAACCUCAACCAUGACACCUUCCUGGUGAUCCGCUACGUGAAGAGGAGACUGACGGUGUUGAUCGAUAUUGAUGGUAAGCACGAGUGGAGAGACUGCAUCGACGUGCCGGGCGUACGCUUGCCCCGUGGGUACUACUUUGGGACCUCUUCUGUCACCGGAGACCUGUCAGACAACCACGACAUCAUUUCGCUGAAGCUUUACCAGCUGACGGUGGAACGGACGCCGGAGGAGGAGAAGCGAGACAGAGAGGUUUAUUUACCGGUUGUGGACAACCUAAAGCUGCCGGGAAUGGAGGCGCCGCUGGAGCCCAUGAGCGGCCUGGCUCUCUUCUUAAUCGUCUUCUUCUCCCUUGUUGCCAUCGUUUUCGCCAUUGUCAUUGGAAUCAUCAUCUACAACAAGUGGCAGGAGCAGAGCCGGAAACACUUCUAUUGA